UGUACCUUUACAUCUAGUUUGUACUGCAGAUUGCGUGGAAAGCUAUGUGUCGGUACAAAAAUACGACGACCCUUAGCUACUCUAGUGCGGUCUCCCCGCUCAACUCCCCGCCAUGGAAAAUUCUACGCGGACUCACCCCAAUGGCCUCCACACACACAUACUACCUACCAUACAAGGCGCCGUUCAACGUAUUCCUCUACUAUUACUGUGAUCUUCUCCAAACGCCGCCGGCCCCCCUCGCCCCGCUGUCGAGGAUGUGCAUGGAUAUGGAUGGGAUGGGGCUACCAUAGUGUGAUUAUCUCCGCUUGUCAUCUUGUCGUCUUCACUCUGCGCCCCCCCUCCUCCCCCGUCUUUCUCUCUCCUCAUUUUCUCUUCCCUCCUCCAUCAUCUACUCAUCUACGAGCAAAUCAUAUUGCCGGGCUUCCCAGCGCAUCCCUGAUCGUGAUCAGCCAACCUCCUCACCUUCUUAGUCCACUCAAAAGUGUUCUGACAUCCAAGCCUCAUAUCCGUCUGCCCAUCAUCCCAUCCUUCCAUCCAUCCACUCUCACUCCCCCACACACCUUAGGGACCCUGUCGUCUCGUGGACCGCCCAUUAUUAUUGCUAUUAUAGCACGAGGCGUAUGCCCGAUAAUUCAUGCACAACGGCCACCACCCAUUCUAAAGGACGUGCUCAGCUUUCCUCACAUCCCCGCCUUCGAUAGCAAUAUAUCCUUGAGCAGGCAUUCCGCUCCCUGGUAGAUGUACACCGUACAUCCAGGAAGCAGACGUCGACUAACUCUCUAACGCUCAACCCCGCCAUGCUAGCUGCCCUGUCCCUGGCAUAGUGUGGCACGCCCUCGCUCCCUAGUCUCACUUCAAUCUGCUGCUCGUUUCCAUUCUUCGGAGUACAAACAAAAUAGAUUUGUUGCCGCUUUGGGGUCCCUAACGCUACAACCUUCCCCAGAUCGCGGAGAGAUGCAUGUUGAGAUAUAGUUGGGCUGGACACCACUCUUCUGACGCUCUUAUUCUCCGUAUCUCAUCACUUCGUUUCACUCCUACACUACAGACUCAUACGCCCGGUUGAAGCUCGCCGAGCCACGUCUACCAAGAUAACCAGUGUCUGUCUAUCAUACUAUCAUUACCUCCCCGCUCCAGCCAGUCUUACCGACCAGCCUGGGAGUAGGCAUUUCUCGAAAACUCACCAACCAAAAUGCUUUCUAACCCCCUCCAUCGCUAUUCGAGUUACCACACCAUGCCAGUCAACAACAUGGUGCCGACUGGCCACAUCCCAUCGAACCACAUUCACGGAGGCGGCUUGGACAACCUGGCGCAUGGCUCACAGUAUGCGCUACAACAACUGCAACGGCAGAUCGAUGUGCAUCAGAAUUCUCAUUCGAAUAGGGACUCCAAUUCAAAGCAUCGGCAACACCCAUACAACGGGGUAGCCGGUGGCAUGCUAGGCGGCCGAAGCUCCAGCAUGAAUGGAUCUCAGGCUUCUGGCCCAGUCCGACGACGAAUCAGCAGGGCCUGCGACCAGUGCAACCAGCUUAGAACCAAGUGCGAUGGACAAAAUCCAUGCGCACACUGUGUUGAAUUCAACCUAGGCUGUGAAUAUAUACGUGAGCGCAAGAAGCGCGGAAAGGCAUCGAGGAAGGACAUUGCACAACAAGCGGCAGCAGCAGCAGCGGCCGCGUCAGGCGAUGGCCAAAAAUCUCCUACGGCCGGAUCGUCGGGCGACAGGUCGCCAAUCGAGUCUCGAAUGGAGCACAAACCAUCGCUCGGCGAAUCAUCCGAUGGGAAUCGACGAAACUCGGGAACCGCGAAUGAACUCGCAGGGUCGCAAAAUAUCAACAACGCGCAUCUGAUGAAAGGCAAUGGACGCGCUCGAACCAGCGGACAGCUCGGUGAUUUACCACACCAGCUCCAGCCAAUAAUGACAAACCGACACGACGACGCCAUGAGCCAGUCACAGAUGGACAGCCCAACAGAAAUAGGGCUCAACGGCUACGGCGCGAUGCAUGGCUACAAUCGAUCUGUCAAUGGCCAUCUGAUGAAUAGUAAUGCAUCCGUUUAUUCCUCUACUUCUUUACCCGGAUACCCAGACCUCCCCUACGCCAUCCAGAGCCCCCCACAUUACCCAACGAAUAAUCAAUCCCCCGGAUUCAGGCUAGGGGACAGCCCCAUGCCUGGGUACUCGAUGGAGACACCCACCGUCGCCUCCCCUGGCUGGGCCUCCAUCGAGUCUCCCAUGAACCAAUAUCACAUGACACCUCACCAUCAUGUGCAGACACAACUGAGAUACCCAGUCCUACAGCCUCUUGUCCCUCACCUGACUGGGAUAAUACCCGUCUCGUUGGCAUGCGAGCUGCUUGAUCUCUACUUCGCCAGCUCGUCGUCGGCGCAGAUGCACCCAAUGUCGCCGUAUGUACUUGGCUACGUCUUCCGUCGGCGGUCAUUCCUGCACCAGACAAAGCCGCGCCAAUGCACCCCAGCACUCCUGGCGAGUAUGCUCUGGGUGGCCGCACAAACUAGCGAUGCAGCAUUUUUGACAAUCCCGCCAUCAGCUAGAGGCCGAGUUUGCCAGAAGCUCCUGGAGCUUACUGUCGGUCUCCUUAAGCCACUCAUCCACGGCCCUCCAGCUGAUGAAGCAUCGAACAACUUCUCCGAUACUGUCAUCAACGGAGUUGCGUUGGGUGGACUGGGCGUAGCCAUGCCUGGCACUGUCAGUGAAGAAGCCAUGACUGGCGAAGGCGGCGCGUUCGGUGCUGCUGGCGCUCUGGACGACGUUGUCACAUAUAUCCACCUAGCAACUGUCGUUUCUGCUAGCGAGUACAAAGGUGCAAGCCUGCGCUGGUGGAAUGCAGCCUGGUCGCUGGCCCGCGAGCUGAAACUCGGUCGCGAGCUACCACCAAGCUCCAUACCGCAACCCGACCAUGAUGUGGACGCCGAUGGUGAAGCUGAUGAUGAUUUGGAGACCUCACAUCCUCCUACCGGCUCACCUGGUAGUAUCACGGAGGAGGAGCGUGAGGAGCGCCGGAGAAUCUGGUGGCUAGUUUACACAGUAGACCGACACUUGUCGCUGUGCUACAACAAGCCCCUGUUUCUUCUGGAUGUUGAAUGCGAUCGUCUGCUGCAGCCAAUGGAUGAUACAUUAUGGCAGAGUGGGGAGUUCUAUUCCGGUGAUUCUAGCCUUCAUAUUACUUCCCCGAACGGCUCAGCCCGAAUCAGAAGGAAAGGACCUAACUUUGAGUGUACUGGCCAUAGUAUAUUCGGGUAUUUCUUGCCCUUAAUGACCAUCCUCGGCGAGAUCGUAGAUCUCAACCACGCCAAGAAUCACCCGCGAUUUGGCGUUGGGUUCCGGUCGGCCCAAGAGUGGGACGACUACGCCAAUGAGAUAACGCAGCAGCUUGAGGCGUAUGGGCGCAGCUUGAAGGACUUUGAGUUAAGGCACCUGUCUACCAAUGACGAGAACCCAGGCGCGAACAAUGGCACUGGCCCUGAUGGCAUGCCCAUGGGUCAGAAUGACACUUCGUCGCCGCACUCAGUCAAUACGACGACGUCGCGCAUGACGACUGAGUCGGAUAUCCAGACGCGCAUUGUUGUCGCGUACGGCACACACGUCAUGCACGUCCUCCACAUUCUCCUCACUGGGAAGUGGGAUCCUAUUUCGCUCCUCGACGAUAACGAUCUUUGGAUCUCGUCGCAGAGCUUUAUUAACGCCACCGGUCACGCCGUGUCAGCUGCCGAGGCGAUAGAGAACAUCCUUGAAUUCGACCCGGGGCUGGAGUUCAUGCCAUUCUUCUUCGGCGUUUACUUGCUCCAAGGUAGCUUCCUGCUCCUACUUAUUGCAGACAAGCUGCAGAGUGAAGCGAGCCCCAGCGUUGUCAAGGCCUGCGAGACAAUCGUCAGAGCCCAUGAGGCAUGCGUGGUUACGUUGAACACAGAAUACCAGAGGAAUUUCCGCAAGGUCAUGCGCUCAGCGCUCGCGCAGGUGCGCGGUAGACUACCAGAGGACAUUGGGGAGCAGCAGCUUCGACGACGCGAAGUGCUUUCGUUGUACAGGUGGACAGGAGACGGCACAGGUCUGGCUUUGUAAGACUAAAAAUAUCAAGUUGAAGGAGUUUUCGUUUGGAGUCUGGGAAUGGAUGGGGGAUGGGGGAUGGGUUAUAAGAUAUAUCUUUGUGUGUUUUUUCGUCUUAAUGGGGGAGUUUUCUAUCAGUGGUUGGGAAGGCUGAUUAUAAGAGGUGGGGAUCACGAGCGGGAUGAAUUGUCGAUGAUAUCAGGAACUUUCUAUAUAUCCCAUACCACAGUUAAGGUAUUUAGCAAUUGAGAACUCAAUUAUAU